GGAAACGUUAAAAUGCUAGCGAAGCAAGUCGUCAGUUGCAGAUUGGUGACGUACGUACAGGAAGUCAGAAACACUCUGGCUUUACGACUCUGUGGUAACAAUGCCUAUACAGGUCUUUCCGUAGUUAAACGCCGUAGCACCGAGCUUGUGAAACACGUCAGGGCUAACGAAAUGCUCUUACCGGUGCCUACCGUUACCUUUAGAUUGACGUUUGUGUAAAGGUGAUGAACUAGUAAAAAUGUCAUUGCGAAUUAGUUGGAAUGAACUGUUCCCCACGAAAUGGAGCGUAGUGAUAUUCAUCGCGUACAUGGUGUUGUUUAUAAAUCAAGGGAUACUUGUCACAGCAUCACAAAGUUCAACUAGUACAUACAGCUAUAACACAGUGACUGUUGUACUGCUCACAGAGGUGGUAAAGUUGGUGGUCUCUGUCUCCAUUUACUGCAAAGACAAUGCAGUGUCUUCCCUGCUUCAUGAGACAAAGUUACACAUUAGAGUAAUGCUGUUAUAUUUUGUACCGGCCUUUUUAUACUGCUUGUAUAACAAUUUGGCCUUCAUAAACCUGUCAGCCUUUGACCCUACAACAUAUUACCUCCUGCUACAGUUCAGAGUUGUAGUGACAGGUAUUGCCUUUCAGGUGCUAUUUAAGAAGAAGUUAAGUGGUAAACAGUGGUUGUCACUGGUUCUGCUUACAGUCGGUUGUAUGAUGAAAGAGACUGAUAUGAGCAGUGAUAAGAAAAAUUCAUUUACUUCUACCAGUACACCAACUGCCUCCCAGGCUGGCUUCCAUUUCAGUUUCAACGCUUUGCUUAUUGUAAUUCAGACCGUGUGUUCCUCAUUUGCUGGCGUUUACAAUGAAUACCUUCUGAAGGCAGAUGGUGCAGAUGUCAAUGUGUUUGUACAGAAUGUGUUCAUGUAUGUGGAUUCAAUUAUAUGCAACGGAGGUAUACUUCUGGUGCAAGGACAACUUUAUAGUGCUUUCACAUGGGAAGCACUUUCAUCGGUGUUUACAUUUAAAGUAAUGAUUAUAAUGUUCAACAAUGCAGCUAUUGGUAUUAUUACUAGCUUCUUUUUGAAGAACUUAAAUUCUAUUCUGAAAACAUUUGCAAGUGCGCUUGAAUUAAUGUUUACAGCAGUACUCUGUUGGUUAAUAUUUGGAAUACCAAUAUAUGUGAACACUGUUAUUGCCAUCUCCAUUGUGUCGUAUGCUGUUAUACUCUAUUCUCAAAAUCCAGUUGUAAAUCAGUCACAGAAAGAAGACAAGCAAACAGAGGAAGAGGAAGAUCUGUUAGAUGUUUCUUCUGCCUAACUUAUUAAUAUUUGCAGAAAUGGUCCAUGUGAAUUUAAAAGGCUGCACCUUUGUACUUGCAGAAUGUACCAAGGAGUUCUGUAGGUUAACUUGCGUUGGCAACUGGCUUUUUAUUUCUGAAUUGAAGUCAUAAUUAUAGCCUGUGAUAUUUACAUAGAUUUAACUUUCGUUAUUUAUUGAUAUUAUAAGAAAUGGUCCACAUAAAUUUAGAAGCCUGUAUCUUUAUACUCGUGAAUUUUAUAAAGGAUUGCUGUAAGUUAACUUGUGACCAUAAUCAAUGGCACAUAAUAUACAGUUGUUAUGGUGAACAUAAAUGUGGAACAUUUUAUAUGCUGAAACAAUACAAGUGCAAGGAACAAUGAGAGCAGAAGAAUUUCCGUACUUUUCAUAUUUUCCAACCAUUUCUUGUGGUGUACUCUAUUCUGUUAAACAAAAACUUUAAAACAUUAUCUUUCAAAUUGGUCAAUGUUAGCAACUAAUGUCAAGAUUUGUAUAGUCAUCAUUUCACCAGAAUAUUUACUGGUUUAUAUGCUACCAAGCAGACAAGUAUAAGCUUUUAAAUACGUUAGGACGUGAAAUGAUGGAACAUUUCCAUGAACUUGCCCCAAGAUUGAUAAGCAUUUAGCUUCUGUUGUACUUGGUCUUUUUAUUUAUCGUGGUUAUAAUGUGUUUAAAGAUAAUCAUUUCAAGAUAAUUUUGCAUUGAUAUAAGGCUCAGUGUGUUCAUUUGCUGUGUACUGAAUAGUUACAUAACUUACACUGAUGCAGUUUUUAAUUCAUUAAUUUUCUUCAGCUAUAUUCCAAAACCUUCAAAUAACUUGAAAUAGUAAUUAUAAUAGUAACAAUAUCAGAGAACUAAUGAAUAUUUGUGGCCUUGGUGAAGUGAAGUUAUGAAAGGUGCUGGAUACUGUCUCAGCAUAUACUUGUUUCUCAAGCAGAAAUGUCGGUGGACUAACUAAUAGAAGAGCUAUGUUUUUUCUUUGAACCCUUGUGCUGCGAAAUAAAUAUAAUGGCCUAAAGUUAGUAACAUCAGAAUAACCUACAAAAUAUGAAGCCAUAACGUAAAGAUAUCAGUUUCAAACCACUUUUUGGCGAGUAUUUUUACAGUACAGAAUAGUCAUUUAAUGUUGUACUCCAGAAGUAUGUUUACAUUUAAUGUUUUACAGUUUUUGGGAGACUCUUCCCAAUAUUGGUCACAUUUAUUAUUUGUUUUGAUCAAAAGAACAAAAUGUUUCACUUUUGAUAAGUCUUUCUUUAAAAUUUCUUCUCUUUGUCUGAUUUUACAAGGAUUUAUUCUAUGAUUUUCAUAAAAUAAAAUAAACUAAAUAAUAUGCUGAAAGUGCUGCCUUUUGAACCACAGCAUAAUGCAGCAGAUUAAAAAUAAUAAUUUCAGAUUGUUCUUGACAUGUGUUUAAUCUGAUUCCUGCUGAAUCCUAGUUGCAUAGAUUUGCACAGAAACAAUCUUUUACUUUGUGCCAAGAGGUGGUAACACUAAAAAGAAUCACUAAGAAGUGAACUUGGCUGACAUGCUUAACUUCAUUUGUGGAGCUGCACCUUAUGAUAAUCUCAGAUAAAAAUUUAAUUAUUUAUUUUAAAUUUCAUAUUUGGUCAGUCUUGCCAUUCAUUAUCUGUAUUGUAACAACAAUCAGGAAGCUGUAGAAGAUUCUGUUGCUGUAGUAAUUUCUAUAGCUGUGCUACUUAAAUGUAUUUUACGAUUGAAGUAUAUGUUUGGUGCUUAAAUGAAAGAGUAUUCUUGUUUUGAUGUGUUGGCUUCAUGAAUAUCUGACUUUUUUCUAAUUUUAGCAGUUUUUGAAAAUUUUAUGUGUGCUGUGAUUGCUAUAGUUGUUGUGCUGUAUGUCUCUCUGCUUCCAGAGCACUUAAAUCAUCUGUAAAUGUAAGAGUAACUUACGAGUAAAUUAAUGUUAAUUUUUAUUUAUAUGUGAUGUAUUUAUAUAUGGAUUUUCCUACCAUCUAAUAUAUUUCUAAAACAACCAAAUUAUAAUUUAAAGAAUUGUUGUAUAAAAUGAAAAAUUCAAUUCAGAAAAUUGGUAAAAUUACAAAGAGACAUGAAGACUACUCGGUGUACACCUUCAAGAUAGGCAAAGCCCAGUACUGCCUACAGAUGCAUGUUCCUAGCAUUAGGACAAUAGGUUCCUUUUUGAGCGACGUAAGUUUCAAGAGAAAAAGAAAGACAAAGACGAUGAAAAUGUAACUAUAAAGUGUAAGAGGUAGAACUGUGCUACCUUCAGCUCAGAGAUUAUAGGCAUGAUAGAGUGAGUAGUAUGGCCAGAGGAAGGAAAAAAGGAACGGAAAACAAAAUGUGGCCAGAGUAAUGCAGUU